AUGGCCACAUCCGGUGACUUUCUACCUGAAAAUCAGUUCCAGUGCUCCAUCUGUCUGGACCUUUUCACUGAUCCUGUUUCUACUCCAUGUGGACACACCUUCUGCAAAGUCUGUCUGGCCAGGCACUGGGCAGGCAAGCGAGAAUGCCAGUGUCCUCUGUGCAACAACAAGUUUGACAAGGACCUCAAACUGUCUGUCAACACCACAUUCAGGGAGGUAGUGGACAACUUCAAGAAACAUCAUCCAACAGCUGAUGCUACAACAGCCGAUGCUACAUCAGCCAAUGCCACUUCCUUGUUAAAACCCUGGGACGUGCCAUGUGAUGUUUGCGUAGCAAACAAACUCAGAGCCUCAAAAACUUGCUUGGUGUGCUUAGCCUCUUUUGUGAAAACACAUUUAGAGCCUCACCUGAGAGUGGCUGCCCUACAAAGACACAAACUCUCAAAUCCUGUUCCCAACCUGGAGGAGAAAAUAUGCAGGGAACACAACCGGAUUGUGGAGUUCUUCUGCUUGAAUGAUCAUGUUCGUCUUUGUGCCUUGUGCACAGAACAUAGCGAUCAUGACACAGUCAGUUUGAAUGAAGCAUAUGUAGACCAAAGAUCUCACAUCUGGAGGAGGAAAGAGAGACAUCGCUAG